GUACUGAUAUGAUGUGUUGUGAUCCAUUCGAGAUAUUGCUGACGGACGAUCGAGGCAAAUGUGCGACAAGACCUUUGAAACUUUUUCCGUUGGUGCAAAACGCUCUCUUCUCUACUUACUUGACAUUGUGGCAAGCGCUGAUUAUUUCUUAAAACAUCAUUUGCAACUCGUUAAGCAGCUCCACUUGCUCGCUUUGGAGCGCCCCCGUGUGGAGCUCACUUGAGGUGCAGGCAGAGCAUCAAAACUUUCAACAUGUCACAUGCACGCGCGCACGCAAAGCCGUCAAUCAGGAUUCGAAGGAGAUCAUGAAAGGGGAGUGUGAAAACGAGCGGGGAAGGAGACAUCUGAGGAUGCUGUGAAUGGUCGCCGAGAUACGAGCGAGCCAGUCAAUCCUUUCAUGAGAUCUGAGAGUCGGGCAAUUCUUUUAUGGGCGUCAUGGCAUGUUAUGCCAGCACUAGCAGUCAUAUGACUUCAUUGCGGACAACAAAGUCUCACUCCCACCAGUGAACAAACUGACUGACAACUUCUGAACCAAUCCACAGGUGAUCUGUUUUGAUUGACAGAUCUGCAUUCAUCUCAUUUAGUUUUGAAGAUCAAUCUCACAUUUGAAAUAAAGAAUUCAGGUAGGUAGUUUGUUUUCAGGCCGGAUGAGCACGAGGAGGACCAAGAAGAAGCUGAGCAUCUCCAUCCGAGAGCACAUGGCCAUCGACGUGUGUCCGGGCCCCAUCCGCCCCAUUCGCCAGAUCUCGGACUACUUUCCCCACCGCUCACCCACGUCCCCUAGGUCGUCGUCAGGUCUCGGCCCCUCCGAGACGGCGUGCGGCCUGCAGGGGGACGGGGAUGCAAGCACGUCAGUGGACACCGUCGGCUCGGACAGCGACGACUGCACGGAAUUGGGAACUCUGGAGUUUGAGCUGAGGUACGAGCAGGCGACCAGUCAGCUGCAUUGCACCGUGAUUAGAGCCAAGGGCCUGAAGCCGAUGGACUUUAACGGCUUGGCUGAUCCCUACGUCAAAGUUCAUCUGUUGCCCGGCGCCUCCAAGGCCAACAAGCUGAAGACAAAGACCAUCCGCAACUCUCUGAAUCCCGUGUGGAACGAGACACUGACCUAUGUAGGAAUCACGCAGCAAGACAUGAACAGGAAGACACUCAGGCUGACUGUGUGUGACGAAGACAAGCUGACUCACAACGAGUUGAUUGGCGAGUCGCGGGUUUCUCUCAAAAGAAUCCAAGGAGACCACACCAAACAUUUCCAUACGUGCUUAGAACAUCCUCCGCCGCUGCCGUCUCCCAGCACCAUGGGUGAAGCUCUGCGAGGGAUCUCCUGCUACUUGCGAGAGUGGGAGAAUGAGCAGCUGCACAGUCUGGAGGAACGAGGUCGCCUUCUCCUCUCGCUGCAGUUCUUGCCUCCGCCUUGCGGCGGCGAUGACGAGCCAGACGAAGACGGCGGCGGGGGUCUCUGUGUGGGCGUGAAGCGCUGCGCUCACCUGGCAGCCAUGGACGUCAAUGGCUUCUCCGACCCCUACGUCAAAAUAUACCUGAAGCCUGACAUCCACAAGAAGUCCAAACAUAAAACUGCUGUGAUAAAAAAGACCCUCAACCCAGAAUUUAACGAGGAGUUCUUCUACGAGAUGUCAUUGUCGGAGCUGGCCAACAAGACCCUCGAGGUGACGGUGUGGGACUACGACUUGGGACGUUCCAACGACUUCAUUGGCGGGGUGUGUCUGGGCGCUCAGGCGCUGGGCGACGCCCUUCGCCACUGGACAGACUGCCUGAAUAACAAAGGCCAGCAGGUGGAGCGCUGGCACAUCCUGACCAAUCAGCUGCCCAAAAGCGCCAACCACGACUAAAGUUGCCAUGAUGGUGGCAACGCGUCACCUGACCGCCACAUCAACAAAAAGCAACAAGCGGAAACUGAAGUGGACCAUUGCAAACAAAGACUCCAGAACGCUUUGUUUUUGUAUUUCAUGUCACAUAUAGCCGGACUGAUUUCCACACUUUCCACUUUUUUUUUUUUUUUUUUAUCACAUUAAAAGUCA